AUGCACGUCCUUCCUAUUGCCCGAAGUGACCCAAGGUUGAUGAAGAUCUUGAACAGGCUCCAGAACAACGGUAUCAUUUCUCCGGUUCGAUUCUCGGACUGGGUAGCUCCAACAGUCGUCGUACGCAAAGCGGACAACGUUUCGGUCCGUGUGUGUGGUGAUUAUUCGACGGACUUGAACGACGCGAUGGAAUGUGACCGCCACCCACUGCCGCAUCCUGCCGACCUCUUUGCGGAACUGGCUGGAGCACGUUGCUUCACACACCUCGACUUGUCUGACGCUUACCUGCAGGUUGAGGUCGAGGAGGAAUCGCGGAAGCUACUCACGGUCAACACCCACCGUGGCCUAUUCCAGUACAACUGA